AUGGGAAAGUUCAGUCAAAUUGCCUUGGAAUUUGUUCCAGAAGACAACACUGCAGACAGAUUUGGGAAUAUCUCACCUCACACAGAGGGUGGACACAUCUUCUGUAUUAUCUUUGCCCUGUUGGGAAUUCCUCUGUUUGGAUUCUUGCUGGCAGGAGUGGGAGAUCAGCUUGGAACAAUCUUCGGAAAGGCAAUUGCUAAAGUGGAGGGGAUGAUUGAUGGAGACUCCUCAGGAUUUGGGAAUAUCUCACCUCACACAGAGGGUGGACACAUCUUCUGUAUUAUCUUUGCCCUGUUGGGAAUUCCUCUGUUUGGAUUCUUGCUGGCAGGAGUGGGAGAUCAGCUUGGAACAAUCUUCGGAAAGGCAAUUGCUAAAGUGGAGGGGAUGAUUGAUGUGAGAUUUGGGAAUAUCUCACCUCACACAGAGGGUGGACACAUCUUCUGUAUUAUCUUUGCCCUGUUGGGAAUUCCUCUGUUUGGAUUCUUGCUGGCAGGAGUGGGAGAUCAGCUUGGAACAAUCUUCGGAAAGGCAAUUGCUAAAGUGGAGGGGAUGAUUGAUAAGUGGAAUGUGAGUCAAACCAAGAUCCGUGUGAUUUCUACCAUGCUUUUCAUUUUGUUUGGUUGUCUCCUCUUCGUCGCCCUGCCGGCCAUCAUAUUCAAACACAUUGAGGGCUGGAGUGCACUGGAGUCCAUCUACUUUGUCGUCAUUACCUUGACAACCAUUGGCUUUGGAGAUUUUGUUGCGGGCGAGGGUGAGCGACGCCAGCAUGAAGAGAACAGUGGUGGUUCUGAGUUAGAGUACCUAGAUUACUACAAACCCCUGGUGUGGUUCUGGAUCCUGAUUGGUUUAGCGUACUUCGCUGCUGUUCUCAGUAUGAUUGGAGAUUGGUUUCGUGUCAUAUCCAAGAAAACAAAAGAGGAGGUAGGAGAAUUUCGAGCUCAUGCCGCCGAAUGGACUGCUAAUGUGUCCGCUGAGUUUAAAGAGACACGUCGACGAUUGAGUGUCGACAUUUAUGACAAAUUCCAGCGUGCUGCAUCGAUCAAGCGCAAAAUGUCAGCUGAAAUAAACCUCAGCCCACCUGUCAAUCAGCAGAUGACACCAGGGAAACGUGCACAUUCAGUUAACCUUGGAGAUGAGAGAGAGGCGUAUCCCUACACAUUUGUACGAAACGGAAGCUUAUUCCUCAACGGUCUUAUCCCAGAUUACGCUGACCAUCGGGACAUCACUAAAUUACAAACACAAUGAGUUGGAACUAAAGAUGUUCACAGAUAAACUGUGGAAAGAUAAGAUGUAUAAAGAGGAUGCAAAGAAAAGACACAAAAUGUUUAUAUAAAAAAUAAUGUAUAUCCUAACUUUUAAUGUGUACAAAAAUCAUUGAUUUCUAUUGACGGCCACGCAAAAGUAGCCAUGUAUUCUAAUUAUUAAUUUUUGUUGGCAACAU